GACACCAAAGCUACCUUGCCUGCACAUGGUGCUGAUCAGUUGGACCCCACCAACCAAAACCAAAUCUCAUCCUACUUCAAUUGGUGUUUCUGUAGCAUAAGCUUAGGGGCUCUUAUUGCAUCAAGUGUUAUGGCACGGGUUGAAGAGAACCAUGACUGGACUCUAUGUUUUACAAUAUCAGCUACAAUUUUCAGUUUGGCACUAUGCACUUUUGUUGCUGGUUUUCCAUUAUACAAUUCCGACACAAACGUCCUGCUGGAAGUCCUUUAACUAGGAUCAUUAAGGUAUUUGUCUCUUCAGCUCAAAAUCCAGAAGCCUCUGGUGUAGUAAGUUUGGAUCAUAAUCUCACAGAAGAGUUACUUGGAAGACAUCCAUCCCAUGAUACAUUCAAGACUUGCUGUGGCUGCUACAGCUUAUGCUGGUAAAUAUGGUAUACAGGUUUUUGCAAAAUCUCAAGAAUGUGCCUAAGAUGCGUAAAUUUGGGGUCCACGCUGUUAGUAAAAUUGCUGGUCGUAUUGGGGUCCAUGCUGUCAGUGAAAUUGCUGCAGACUUAACUCCAGGGUAUCUUGAACAUCAUGGACUCAAAUCCAUUCCUAAAUCUGUGGCUUAUGGCUACACUGCUUCAGGAUAUGGGUUUGUUCAAGACAUGUCUUAUGCCUACAUUCAUGAAUUUACUAGAAUAUCCAUGGCUGGGAAAAUUCGGAGAUUUAAAGGUGGAUAUACAAGUCUUUGGCAGAAGAUUGCUGAAUCACUUCCUUCAAAACUUCGGUACAACUUUGAAGUAUUGGCAAUCAGGAGGAACUCUGAUGGUGUCACUGUUAAUGUCAAGAGCUCAAAUGAAGUUGAAACUUUGGAAUUUGAUAAGAUUAUAAUAUCUGGUUCAUUUCCAUUGAACUAUGGAAGAAUUUACAGAUCACCUUCAACUAGCAUUGAAUGCGAAAAAGAAGUAAUGGAUACAAGUGAUCUGGAAAAGGACUUGUUCAGCAAAGUUGAGACCAAUGACUACUCCACCACUGCUUUGAAGAUCAAAGGGCUGGAACAUUUUCCUGUUGGAUUUUAUUAUUUUAAUGAAUAUAUGGAAGAUCCUAGCACAACUGGAAAUCCAGUUGCAAUGAAGAAAUUUUAUGCUGACACUGAUAUAUUAUUGUUCUGGUCCUAUGGGAAUGCUGUUGAUAUUAAAGGGCAAUCAAGGCAGUAAAAGUCAUGGGGGGAGAUGUUAAGAAUGUCAUUCUUCAACGCUGCUUUAAGUAUUUUACUUAAUCAUUUCAGAUAUGUUUAGUCAUUUAACAAACAAUUUUCCCUCUUAUUGAAUCAUAUUGUCCAUAUUAAGAAUCA